GGGAGUCCAGACCCAGACGAGGGAAACGAGAGCGAAACGAAAGUGCUCUUUGGGGACGACAUGAAAGGUCUUGCCAGACCCAGAAUCGUCUAAAACAGAGCUGCUUUCUACACUUCCCCAGAAUCUUCAUUAGAAGUUGACAGCCAAAAGGGAAGGAAUUUUUUUUUUUUUUUCAAAAAGGGAGGAAAACCCACCUUUCGUGGCACUGGUGUGAUUCACGUUUCGUGCUGCAUCGCAUCGACGUAGCUGAAGCUGAAGAAAUUGAGCGGAAAGAAAGGGAGAGACAGAGAGAGAGAGGAGUGAGGAGGGUGAGGUGGAAUGGCAGGAGAUCCAAUGGAGGGAGACAGGGAGAUGAGGGAGAGCGAGGGCGAGACGCAAGGGAGAGAUGUGGGGUGGGAGCUGCUGUCCAUGGCCCGCCAUCUCAUUGACCAGGGCAAGCCCUCUCAGGCCCUCCAAGCGGUAGUGAUGGCAACAAGGGCUAAUGGAGGGGACCAGGCUGUGUUGGAAUUCUUGCAGCGUGCCCGUGAGCUAUACAGAAGCAAACUCCAAUCAACUUCUGCAGUUGAACAGUUGGCUUCAUUGUUUGCCGAGUGUGCGAUUGCUGAAGCACAACCUUUAGGGGCCAACCCCCGAUCAGCUACUGCAAGUGGCCCAUCAAUCGAGCCAGAUGCUCAUGGAAAUUCCAUACUGGCAGAAACUGGAAGGAAUCAGAUUGUACUGGAUGCAUUUGCCGACGGGAGCAGUUUCAUCUGCUUGCAAUGCGGUGGUCUUGUUAGUAACCAGCGUAGAGAUGAGCACUAUGCCUAUUGGUGUGGUUGAUCGGUUGCUUGAGCACAUGCACUGUCUUGGUUGAAGGUGCCUGAGCCUUUAAUGGAUUUGCUCGUUUGGCUACAUACUUCUACCCGAUGCCAGAAAUUUUGACUAAAUGGCAACUUGUGAAAAAACCAUUCGGUGCCUUGUGUGCGAUAGGGUGCGCUCGUAAUCUGGAUCAGCUCAAAGCUCAUACAACUUGUUCCAAUGAAGUACUAGGCAAAAUUAUGCUCCUGCAAUACAAUAGCAGCAGUUUGUGAUAGAAUUAAGAGGGGACAGUUUCUUCCUCAAUGCAGAGUUUGUAUUUGUCGGAUCUGUUAUACAGCGAGAUCGUCUCUUGCUUGCAUGGCUUUCAGAUGGGCGCAGCGUAAUUUGGUUAGGCUGUACUCCAUAGUAUGCAGCACAUUGAAGAAUGUUGAUUACUUACCAUCUUGAGAGUACUGUUACCAUCUGGUUUUGCAUGA